UUUUUAGCUCCGUGAUAAACGUGGCUUGUUGUGUCUGUAGUUGGGGAAGGUAACAACAAAAAACUUAGGGACGUUAGCCAAGCUGACAGAAGUUAUGUCUGGGGCUAACUGGGGCCAGCUUGCCCCGUUUGAAAAGUAUGGUCGAAUGGUUGACCGAACCGAGGAUUUUAUGGUGAUUUCCUACGAGGAGGCUAUGUCGGAGACCCACACUUCACACAAACACGCCAGCCACACCAUGAUCCUGGCUCGCGACCCUCGAGUACUGUGGGAUCUCUAUCCGGCCAGGGCUGCUAUCCUUAUGCAGAUGCGAUUUGACGGUGUGAUUGGGUUUCCGGGAGGUCUGGUCGACCCGGGGGAGGAUCCCGUUGAGGCAGCAAAUCGAGAAAUGGUGGAGGAGAUCGGCCUUGACCUUAAAAAACAUUCCAUAACCAAAGAAAACCACAUUGUAUCCUACUUUAAUGCCAAAAAAGAUCUCGUUCUCCAUUUCUUUGGAUUAGAGGUGAUGCUAGAAGAAUUCUGUGCCAUUGAGCUACAAAACCUCCAGGCCCCAGACUAUGGAGUAGAGACCUUAGGGAUCCUCCGCCCUCCACUAUAUACCAUGGGAGAUAACUAUCGGGGCAUGCCAGCCUUUCUCUCCAACAGCUUCGUUGGUAACGCCAGGGACGAACUCUUACAUGGUCUACAGCACUUUAAAACUCACACGGCCGAGGAGAUUGAGGCGGCGCUGACAGCUCAGCAGCAACAUGAGUCCGCUAAUCAGGACAGUCGGGGAAACAGUUGACCACGUCUAAACAGUAACUACACCGACCAAGACCAGAGAAAUGUAUUUUGUUUACAUUCAUUUAAUUUUAUCAUUUUUUUUGUUUAUAUUACAAUAAACAAAUA